UAUUCACUGGCUGGGCCUCUAAUGUACAAUCCCUGAUGUCUCACUUUAACUCACUGGCUGGCGAAAGUUUGUUUUCCCAACCUGCUCCGAACAAUCAAUUCAGCAGCGCCGGGAAUCAUGACCAGAAUCCAGUGUUGAUCCCCAAGCUGGCGAAACUUAAACCUGUGGACAUGAAUAAAGACGCAGGCUCCAGGCCUAAACCACUCAUGGUCAAACCCAACUUCAUGGUUAACUCUAUGGAGGCUAGAUUCAAUCCUCCAGUUUCUAACAACAAGACCAAUGGUGACUCGAGAAGUGAUGCUGUAGGAGUGAAGCUGCCCAAUAGAGGAAAACAGGAGAACGCUUUUACACAAGCCCCCACUGGAGCCGGAUUCCAGAUUCCUGCCAAACUGCCUAUUAUGCAGAAACCUGUUCUCCAUGAAAAGAUCUCUGCAGCACCGGGAACCGCUACUGGUGAUUUGUCAGUGCCGAAAAAGAAGUCUCUUCCCAGUGUGUUUGCUUUAGGAAAAUGUCCUGCCAAACCACAGAGACCUCCACAUGUUAACCUCAGCAAGUUCAGAGGGAACGAUAUCAAGGGUCCUAUUGUGGUGGUUGAAACAGCGAAGGCCAGUGUGGAUCACAAGGGUGGAAAGAACAAACUUCCACUGAAGCAGGGAGAGAGCAUUGAAAUUGUACAUAAAACAGAAAACCCAAAAGACUAUUGGCUCGCCAGAAACACUGAAGGCCUCUAUGGUUUUGUGAAGCCUGACACUCUAGAUGUUGUGGGAAGCACACAGGAGGAACAGGAGGUGUAUGAUGAUGUGUGCGCAGAUGAUGAAGUCAAUAAUCUACCAGAUGUGCCAGAAGUUGAAUGUGAUGAUGAUAUUUAUCAUUGUCCAGAUGAUCCACAAGCUGAUUUCAGCUUUCCCCCUCCACCCUCUCCAGACCCUCUUGCAUUUAAUGGUGCCACUGAUGAGACAUAUGAUGACAUUUUUCCAGCAGACUUCCCUCCUCCUCCGUCUCCUAACAGCUUUCCAAAGUUCAGCUCAACAAGCAAGACAGACGAGAUGGACCCGAAGAAAAAGAAAAAGUUUGAGAAGGAGGAGAAAGAGUUUAGGAAGAAGUUUAAAUAUAAUGCGGAAAUCAAAGUGCUGUAUCAAGCCACUGUUCUCCAAUCGCUGUCUAUAAAGAAGUUUGGUAAUAAAGACUUACCAGUCAAACCCGGAGAAAUCAUUGAUGUGAUCGUUCAUCCAGGAGAUGACAAACUCAUCGGCCGGAACAGCGAAGGAAAAUUUGGCUAUGUGUCUACUGCUAAUUUGGAGCAGGACGCCUCUGUUUAUGAUGAUAUUGGUGACGAGUGCAUCUACGACAAUGACUAAGCAUGGAUAAACCCGUCUAGUGUGUUUUUAUCAUCUUUCAACGUCCUUAUUUGUCAUUAAUUCUUUCACCAAAAAAACUGUGCAUUGAUUGAGAAUGAUAUAUAGUGAAUAUUAUAAAAUGUAUAUAUAAAGUCACCUGAGUAGGAAUAAAGUAA